AUGGCGGCUGGAAUGGAAGAUUCAGCGGAGUCAAAGGGAGAGAGUUCGGAGGAGCGCGGACACGUGGAAAGAGGAGAGAGGGAUGGUGACGUAAGGAGGGACGUAGUAGGGACAGAAUGGAAGCACGCGGUGGGUAUUGAGACUCAGGUGAGGUGUGGUAUUGUGUCGAAGUAA